AUGGCAAAUGUGAAAAGAGAAAAAGGUUUCAAAGUUGCUAUGGGUAUAGCUGAAUCUAUAAUGCGUUUCAGUGGAAUCUGGCCAGGAGUUGAAAAACCAAAGAUAAAUUAUACUCGUUUUACAUUUAUUCCUGUAAUGCUAAUGAUUCUUGUGUUUGUCAAUAUUCCUCAAACAAUUCAAUUAUUUUAUUUCGAUGGAAAUUUGAGUGCUAUACUAAAUGUUUUGACUAUGGCUGAUGUACCUAUAAGUAUAGCUCUGGUAAAAUUUCUAGUCACUAGUUACAAUCAUCAAACCUUGAAUAAACUACUAGUUUUGUUAAACGAUGAUUGGAAGCAUGUUCGAGAUGCUUCUGAUAUUGAAAUUAUGUGGCAAAAAGCCAAAACAAGUCGAAAAGUUUCGAAAAUUUGUAUGGUGCUGAGUGCGGGUACGGUGUUUGCUUAUUCAGGACGUAUGCUCUAUGUGCUGUACAUUUCGACGCUUACCAAUUCAGAAGAUAAUGUUGAUAAGCAGAUUGUACGCCCUUUAUAUUUUUCGGCCAAAUUUUUCUACGAUACACAGAAAACUCCCAACUUCGAAAUCACUUGGAUUCUUCAAAUGAUAGCUGCAUUUUUAUCAGCAUUGGCUUUUGGAUCGAUAGAUUGUUUGUUUAUUAGUUUCAUUUUGCACUUGUGCGGUCAAUUGGUUAUUCUACAAAGAGCUUUUGAAAAAAUCGGAAGCGAUGAUGUUUUGACUGAUGCCAAUUUUGAUUAUACAAUAGCAAAAUUGAUUAAAAAGCAUAACCGAAUAAAUGAGAGUGUUCAUUAUAUUGAAACAAGUUUUAAUAAAUCCAUCUUAUUUCAAGCGCUUUCUUCGUCGAUUUUGUUCUGUUUCCAAGGCUACUUAUUCAUUAUUAUAUUGUCUACUGCUAAAGAUACAGAAGCCUUAAUUGAAGUAACAUUUAUGCUGUACUUCACUACAUGCUUCAUGUUCAGCGUUUUCAUAUAUUGCUACGUAGCAGAAUUUUUAGUAGAUGAAAGUUUAAAAUUAAAUUAUUCAAUAUUUUACUGCAAAUGGUAUAAUUUACCAGUGAAAAAAAGUCGAUUACUUAUAAUGUGUUUGCUAAGGGUCAGGAAGCCUCUUCAAGUUUCAGCCGGAAAAUAUGUUUUUUUAUCAUUAAACUUAUUUUGCCAUAUUGUACGUACUUCAGCAGGUUAUAUAUCGGUACUGCUGGCAGUACGAGAAAAGUUAUUUAUACAAUGAAUUAGUCAUCCUAGCAGAAAUAUUCAAUAAAAUUUAGAAUGAACAUUAAACUCAAAAUUUUUUAUUAAAUGAAUUGAAAAUCUGAAUAAGUAUUACAGAAACUUACAUUUAAGUGCGCGCAAACGAUGCAUUAAAAAGGUGAAAACUUUUCAAUAUGUGUCGAUGUAUAAGUUAUAAUUGAAUCUUUCCCCUAUGCCUCGUGAAACUUUAUAAAU